AUGAGACAAAUGAUAUCGGCGCUACCGCACUCGACCGUCCACUCGGCCGUCCUCUCACGUCGUCACAAAUCGGUUAUCUGUGCGGGUCCAUAUGAAGUCUUGCCGUUGGAAGCGUGUUUCGAACCGCUGCCCAGUACCUCCACCCUCUGCGAGUUCCCAAUCGAAUGUCUGGAGCUAGCCACAGACGAACGGACCAUCGGUGUGGCAACGAAUUCGAUUCUAAAAGUUGCCGAUAUUAUGACUGGACGCGAAGUUCGAAAUUUGACAGGACACACAUUGCCAAUUACGAGUGUUGCUGCGAGUAAAUUCAGUCCGUAUUGUUGGUACACCGGCUCGUCGGAUUGCAGUUGGACACAAUGGGAUACAAGGAUGCAUCAGUCGAAGAUCUUCGGCUCUCGGAGCUCCGGAGUCAUUCGAAGUCUAGCACUGUCCCCUGGGGAUCACUAUGUAGCCGUUGGAACUGAUGAAACCAUACAAAUCUUUGAUGCCCGGCAAAGAGAAUAUAUAAAAACGUUUAAUUGUUCGGGUCACUCUCUGGAAUUGCAUCCCAGCGAUGUGUUGUUAUCAGCUGUUGGACAUGACAGGAUAGUUCGAUUUUUUUGUUUGGAAUCAUUUGAACUGAUAUCUCAAUCCGAUCCGUUUUUGGACGAUAUUCAAGCUAGCGCUUUUGAUAGUAUGUUUGAAAUUGCUCACGUCAUGAUAGCCGCCACCAAUGACUCAAUCAACCUCCUAACAUGGGAGCCUUGCUGUGAUGUCCUAACUACAGUACCCCUAAAAAAUGUGGAAAAGGUCGUCAACGUGAAUGCAAACGGUCUGGAUUUGGAUUUUAUUUGCAUUGGUGAGAACACGGAACGUCUCGAAAUGCGCUCCUAUGCUAUAGAGGAACUGCUAUCGUACUCCCCUAGUCAUGAACUCUGCGGGAGCAUUUAUGAGGAAGACGAAGAUGUGGAUCCAGUGGAUUUGUCGCCUAUUGAAGAGUCGAAACCCCUCCCCGAACUCACCCAACUCUCGGAACUACCUCCACGAUCUCCCUUGAUGUCUUCAGAAGAGACGGAGACGUCAGAGUCGCCAGUGAAUAGUAGUAAUGGAAGUAGUCAUAGUAGUCCCGCAAGUCCUGCAAAGCCGGCCCCCAUCAAGCAACGCUCGACGUCUCAAAAAUUCCCCAAAUCUUCGACGUCUUCAAAAUCUACGACAUCAUCUGUUUCUGCCAAAACUCUCAAUACAAAAACCUCCACUUCAAGAUCCAUAACUCCAGUAUCCACAAAACCUCCGACCACAAAUCGGCCGGCGUAUGGGACCGCAAAAAGUGUCAUUGUAUCCAGUAGACCAUCGCUCAGCGGAUAUAAUAGGGGCGGAGUUGUGGGCGGAGCCAAUCCAUCACCUUCGAUGUCAGAUUUAAGAACAACGAAGAGUAUCGCGGGAUCCACUACGUCCCUGUUAAGUGAAAGACAGCCAAAGAAGAGAUCUACGUCAAGUCGCCGCAACCAGGAGCCCAUCACCAUCACCUACCUAGGUCGGCCGCGGACUCCCAGCGAAGGUGACGUGGCGAAUUCUGUGACGUCAUCAUCGUCAAGGAAUAGAAGACCAUCCCCAUCGGUAGCCAAGAAGACGUCGCCGCCAUCCAUCUACGCUAUCACUUCAUCGCCAGCUAAAAGAGCCGGAUCUGUUCCAGUCAAAAAACAAAACUCCACGUCAUCUGUCACAUCGACGUCUUCUAUUUCAAAAGGAAUCUGGGGAGGAUGUAUAGAGGCAAUUCAUGAGAUCGGUGUCGUGGCGAAACGAGAGAAUAGAAACAUUCGCCGUCUGAAACUACUCACUUCCAGAAGACAAUCCACCACCGACGUGCCCCCAGAAGUGUCGGCUGAUGAGCAAUUGGUGCUCACAGCUACACGAUUGCUCAGCCGACGGAAUGAUUGGUCGCUGAACACGUGUCACGCCUAUCUUCCAGUUAUUAUAGACAACUUGUCAAGUGUGGACGCCACCAAUCGAUGUAUAGCUCUGGAGGGUCUUGGAGCAAUUGCUGAAACUCUGACAGAGAGAUUAAUCAGAUUUUCUGGCGUAAAUUCUCAUAAAAUUGGUGUGGAUAUUGUGGCCGAGGAGCGAGCGGAGAAAGCGAAAAUUUGUGUGCAGCACCUCCGAGAAGUGGUCAAAAAACGCGAUUGGCUUUAUAAACAACUCGACGAGGACUCCAUAAUGAAAUUGGACAUAAUUAUGGAGCAAUUAAAGAAAUUAUAA